AUGAAUGAGGGUGCAAAACUGCUACAAGGGGUAAUUGAAGAGGAGGCUGCCACUAAUGCUGUUCCUGAGUCGGAGAAGGAUGGAACACAAAGAUUUCUCAAAGAAGAGAAAGACAACGCCAUGAGUGUCGGCCAGUACAGCAUUAUCAAUCCGAACGAGGGGUUCCCUUUGCCAGACACGCACAAGAUUACAGCUCAGGUUUCUUCUCCGUACGGGAACAAUUAUCAUCCUGGGGAUCACACAGAAUCCGGUAAUUUUGCGUUUACUGCAGCUGAAGAAGGUGACUACACCGCAUGCUUCUGGGCGCCUCAAUACAAGCCUCCAUUAACAGUAACUAUUGUUUUUGAUUGGAGAACUGGUGUUGCUGCUAAGGACUGGUCCAAGGUUGCUAAGAAAGGGCAGGUUGAGGUGAUGGAACUGGAGUUGAAGAAUCCAGAGCUCUUGAACUGGCCUGGAAAAUGGUGA